AUGGCAAAACAUGGUUUGGUUUAUCUAUCCGUUGUGUUUCUUCUUCUAACAGUCUCCACUUCAUUGGCAGCACCACCUUCAAACCCCUCACUCUAUGAUACUUUCCUUCGCUGCCUCACACAACACACAAAUUCUUCAACUCAACUCUCCAACAUAGUCUUCACCCAAACCAACCCCUCCUUCCCCACCGUCCUCCAAAACUACAUCCGAAACGCACGAUUCAAGAAUUCCCAAACACGAAAGCCGUUACUCAUCGUCACUCCCCUUCAAGAAUCGCACGUCCAGGGGGCUGUAAUAUGCGCCAAAACUGCCAACAUUAUACUCAAAAUCAGGAGUGGAGGCCACGAUUAUGAGGGUGUCUCCUACGUCUCCGGGGAACCCUUUAUCAUCCUCGACAUGUUCAAUCUUCGCACAGUCACAGUGGACAUAAAAAACGAGGUUGCGGUGGUCCAAGCCGGUGCCACGUUGGGAGAGGUUUAUUAUAGGAUCUGGGAGAAGAGUAAAGUUCAUGGCUUCCCCGCAGGGGUGUGUCCCACUGUUGGCGUCGGUGGCCAUAUAAGUUCAGGAGGGUACGGUAAUAUGUUAAGAAAAUAUGGCUUAUCCGUUGACAAUGUUAUUGACGCUCAAAUUGUGGAUGUCAAAGGAAAUCUUCUAAACAGAAAAUCCAUGGGGGAGGAUCUAUUUUGGGCUAUUAGAGGAGGUGGAGGAGCGAGUUUUGGUGUGAUAAUAUCGUUUACUAUAAAGCUAGUUCCGGUGCCUGAAACAGUUACCGUUUUCCGCGUUCAGAAGACUUUGGAAACGAAUGUAACUGCCACUGACCUUGUGGUGCAGUGGCAGCAGGUGGCGCCAACCACUGAUGACAGGCUUUUUAUGAGGCUCUUGAUACAGCCAGUGAGUUCCGAUGUUGUGAAGGGAGGCAAAACCAUUAGAGCCUCGGUUGUGGCUUUGUUCCUCGGAAGGGCAGAUGAGGUUGUGUCGAUUUUGGGGAAGGAGUUUCCGCUUCUUGGAUUGAAGAAGGAGAGUUGUAUUGAGGUGAGUUGGAUUGAUUCUGUUCUGUGGUGGGACGAUGAUCAGAGUUUGAAAAAUGGUGACAAGCCUGAGACCCUACUGAAUCGAAAUCUAAACUCUGCUGAUUUUCUCAAAAGAAAAUCUGAUUAUGUUCAGAAAGCCAUUUCAAAAGCUGAGUUGGAGGGGAUAUUUAAGACCAUGAUUGAGUUGGGAAACAUUGGAUUUGUUUUCAACCCUUAUGGAGGGAAAAUGGGAGAGGUUCCUUCCAAUGCAACGCCGUUCCCUCACCGUAAGGGGAACCUCUUCAAGGUUCAGCAUUCUGUGACCUGGCACGAUCCAUCACCUGGUGCAGCUCAGAAUUUCAUAAAUAAGACUAGGAGUCUGUACACUUACAUGACCCCUUUUGUGUCUAAGAAUCCCAGAAGUGCUUUUUUGGCUUACAGAGACCUUGAUAUCGGGGUUAACAACUUUGGUAAUAAUAGCUUCCAAGAAGGAGUGGUUUACGGGACCAAGUACUUCAAUCACAAUUUUGAUAGGCUCGUAAACAUUAAGACCAAGGUGGAUCCCGAUAACUUUUUCAGGAAUGAACAAAGUGUUCCGGUACGUCCGAGCAAAGCAUAG